AUGCUCUCGUCGGCACUCGUCUUCGUCGUCCUCGUUUUGCCGCAGGCUGCCUACUGGCCGCUUGUGUGCGGAACGAUGGAGUUCGAUUUCCUGAAUGACCUGAUGCCUUGGGUACCGGUGGCCCAGAUAGCACUCGUCAUUUUGGUUCUUGGGAACACCGUUCGGGUCCGCAAGCGCGUCGUGCCCGCUAUCGGCAAGUCCGUUGAGCCUGCCACCACCAAGGUCUUCGUGUCCAACGUCGCCAAGCCCGUUGUGCCCGCCUUUGAGGCUCCCACCACCAAGGUCUUCGUGUCCAACGUCGCCAAGCCCGUUGAGCCCACCUUUGAGGCUCCCACCACCAAGGUCUUCGUGUCCAACGUCGCCAAGCCCGUUGUGCCCGCCUUUGAGGCUGACUCCACCAACGUCUUUGUGUCCACCGUCGCCAAGGGCGCCUUUGAGUCUGGCGCUGCCAACGUCUUCGUGUCCACCGUCGCCAAGGGCGCCUUUGAGUCUCCCACCGCCAACGUCGUCGACUUCGCCGUUGCCAAGAAGGCGAUCUGGCGUGCCGGAUGCUGGGCACUGGCCGGUAUCGGCCGUCGCAUGGUCACCGUGACCUACUGGUUGACUGAGUGCCUCGUUUGGCUUUGCAGCCAAUACGAGGCCUUCGGCACUCUUCUCGACAAUCUCGACGCCGACCGCCGCCCUUCUUUUGACAGCCUUACCACGGAACCACUUGCCGAUGACCCUGCUCGCCUGGUCAAGCCCACCGAGCAGCGCCGUACCGACGACCUGGCCCUUGAUACCGAGCUCACGGAGGAGCUGCCCUUCACCAACCACACAGCUAUGCUGGCUGCCGAGCAAGUCGUCGCCAACAAUCAGGUUGUUGAGGUGGCUACCCCGGCUGAGCUUGCCAAGCAAGUCGUCGCCGACGACGUGGGUGCUGAGGAUACGGUUUUUCCCGCAGAGCCUACCAAGACCUUCGAGGCCACUGAGACUGCCGAGCCGAACAAGCCCUCCGAGGACCCCGAGUGCCCCAAGCCUGCCGAGGCCACCAAGGCCAUUGACACCGCUGUCGCCGACGACCUGGCUCCUCUCUCCGAGGCCACCCAGCAAGUCUCCAACAGCAACCUUGCCCCUCCCCUCGAGUCCACCGUGCUCGUCGGUGAGGACAUCGACCUCGCUGCCGACAGCGACUCCGUGACGGCUUCCCCGGCUACCUGCGCCCGUCCUUCUCCCUCCGCCCCUGCCACCGAUCUCCAGAAGCCAGUCGAAGACGUCUCCGACAACGCUUCUCGGGCUGAGCUGCUUCAAGCGCCCCCGACUGAGAUCACGGGUAACUCACCCACGCUGGUUGAGAGUUCAAAGGCUGUGCAGCUUUCAGCACCUACCAUUGAGACCCCGCAGAAGGUACCCGCGGACAUUCCCCUCCCCGCUAACCCGCUCUUGCUCCCGGCCGACGUCCCCCUGCCACCGAGCCGUCCCUCGUCUCCCACGGGAAAGACGACACGAGGACGCCGUGCAAGGCGAGGGGCCAAGAAGGAGGAGCUGGGCGACCCUCCCAGUUCGUCUCUCUCGGCGGCGGCUAACGGCCCCAGCGGUGACGGCGCCUCUGGCACCAAGGAGGGAAGCGCCUCAGGCAGCAAGAGUGGUCCCUCGGACGGCAAGAGCGGCAAUGCCUCUGGCAAUGGUGGCAACAAGAACGGCAACGCCUCGGCGGCGGCGGCGGCAACAAGCGCGGCGCUGGCGGACACGCUGCCGGCGCCACCGCCCCAACCCCCUUCUGAAGAAGAGGCGAAGGAGUGGGCGGUGGGUGCAUACCACCUCUGGGAACUUCGCGGAUCCUACAUCGUCCCCCCGCCUCUACCCGAAGACCCCGAGUCCGAGCUCGACAAGUCCGAGCCCGACAGCGCCGAGUCUCCGCUUGCCAACUCCGGCUCCGAGUUCGACAGCGCGAAGUACGUGCUGGACCCCCUGGCAAUUGCUUGGAUUCUGCUUGGAAUGAAGGGAUUCCAGCGCGAGUGCCUCCGCUACAACUCGUGGCAGCCUGCGGAGCCUACGCGCAAGGCCCGCGAACGCGCCCUUCGUCAUGCCCAACGUAAUUGGGAUGCGGUCGACAAUGAGUUUCUCAAGGCCUUGGGAAGGCUCAUCCUCGCCAGGGCACCACCGUGGUAUCGCCAGGCGACCCACCAAAAAGUCGCAGAGUCGACCCCAGUUGACAAGUCCCAUGUCGACAACAAGAAGGGCCAUGGCGAGGUCGACAACGGGUUCAGUGGCGCAGACGGGCUGGGCGCGGGCCAAAAGACGUUUAGUCGGGAAGAGAUCCUCUCUGCUGUCAUUUCCGCCUUUGCUAAAGUGGAGAAGUCGUUCUCCUUAGCACGCAGGACUGGGGCCCUGGUAGAAGUCAAGAACACCUUCUCCCUCAAGGCGGGCAUCAGUGGCACAGGUACCGCAGCCAUCGGCGCGACCUUCGGCUCCACUCUGACCCAAGCCACACCUCGCACGGCACCAGCCCCUCCAGCACCAGCACCAGCACCGGCACCAGCACCAGCCCCAGCACCAGCACCAGCACCAUCACCAGCUCCUCCGGCACCUGGCUUCAACAUGGGACUGGCUCCCGCGCCGGUGACCCAAGCUCCACCCCCGCUCGCCUUCUCCAUGGGACAGGCUGCGCCAGCGACCCAGUCGACAUCGACCACACGCAAGAAAGGCGGCCCUCACGCCGGAGGACGCCGACCCCGGCCAUAG